AUGCUUCUUUACUCAAUUCUUUUCUUCCUGCUGCAACCCGUUGCCUCUCGAUCCCUCCACGUUCGUGCCUCCGAAGCUUUGACAAAUGCCACCGGCCCGGUGACACCUACCUCCACUUCCUCCAAUCCGAGUGUCUUCUUCAAGAAACAAUAUGAAAACCCGGCGGAGACAUUUUCCGUCUUACUGCUUAUCGGCGGGGACAUUGUCCAAAAAGCGAUUGCUCAGCUAGUAGGCCACCAGCUGCGAGGCUUCUACAUCACACCCACCGCGUUUAGCUUUGGAUGGGUGGCCUACGCUUUCAAUGCACUGAAUUCGGCUCUCAGUGACGGCUCACUCAUGCCUCCCCCAGACAUAGUGUGCCGCAUUAUUCCGUUGAGCAGCCAAGGCGCUCGUGAAAACGAAUCCUGGAUCAUUGGCCGACUGGUGCGCGACCUGGAGAUCAAUAAAUAUCUUAGAAUCCCUGAUGAAGAGGUAGUCGAACCGGGCCAGGACGGCAAGGUAAAAAAGACGAAAAAGAAGUACACCAAGCCUGUUUUCACCUUUUUGACGGCCAAGGAAAACCCAGGUUGUCCAAAAGCUGACAAGGUUUGGUGGAGCUUCGUUGUGUUCCUGCCACUACAGUUGUUGAUCGCUGCAAUCCCUACCAUCCUGCCGCAGCGCAACUGGGGAAUUCUCUUGAUCACGGCGGCAGGGUCUUUGCUCGCGAUCAUCACAGGCUCACUGCCCCAGUGGAUGGAGGAGAAGUACGCCUGUCGAAAAGAUUCAAAGGAUACUUACAUUUUGACUAAAGGAAAUGGCCAUCAGCAUGUCUUUGUUAUAGACAAUGGGCCCACAUUGAUAGAAAAACUCGAGAAUGGCAAGACUAGGAAAAUAGGAACAAGUCUCAACAUGGAAGACUUGGCUAUUCAGUCGCCCCAAUCCACAAGGUUGGCAAGGUUCACACUUGUUGUACUUGCAACUUCUUGGGUGUUUUUCUUGAUCACCGCGGGUGGGAUUGAACAGGAUACUUGGUAUCUCAUGGGGGUAGGCGGGCUCGGCAUGGUGCAUAACGUUUAUGCCGCCAAUGCAGUACGCAGCCCCGCAGCUCAUGGAGUUCCUGUGGCGGAAGAGGACCUUAGAUCCUGCACGCGCAUCAAGGCCAACAGUGGCGAGAACGUCAUGGCGGUUUUGAAAAAUGCAGAGCAGUAUCGGCCUGGUGUUGGUUUAGCAGUGCUGACGACCUUUUUCCCUGGGAGACUCCGAAAGGAUGAGGCGGAUUUAUGGGCAAAUGCCCGACAAACCCUGGAGGAUCGCAGAGAAGCAUUCAAAGCGCGUAAGGCCCUUCCUGAUCCUUGGACACUACCCAAACAAACCGCAAGCGUUACUAUUACCGGUGCACAACAACCCGCGCAGAUUACCCCAGUACAGGCACAGCCACCAGCCUUGCGCCGUAGCUCCACUAUACCGUCUUCUGCCAUCUGA